AUGAACGGUUUUCGUCCUGAAUUUCGGAAACAACUUUCUCGCCAUGACCCCCAGAUUGAUCAAAUUGCAACGUUUUUGACCGUGGCAAAAAAGGAACAAGAUAUUCAUGAACAAUUUGAAAAAUUUCAAGAAAUGAAAAUUCAAUCCCAACAACCAUACUUCUUCAUGAAUCCGGAAUCAACAACCCUAACGGCCGUCAUUCAUCAACGGCCACAUAAACAUCCAAAUCAUUCCAGUCGGGAUUUACAACAAUUGGGAAUCGGGAGAUCUGUCGAAAGACAGCAAUCAUUUAUUCCAGGUUCUCAUCAUAAAUUAUUGAAAUCGCCAGAAAUUCCACGCAAAUCGACAACGAAACAACCAGUGAUGGAUCAGACUAAACAAACUUCGUCAUCGUUUCAAUUUACUACCUGUAAAAUUUGCGAAAAAAAGAAUCAUCGUGCCAUUGAUUCAAUCAAAACCGGUGGUCAUCCUCCCAUUUAUUCGAAACAAUAUCCUGCUUCCGAGAGGGAUCAACAAAUAAAAACUGAAGAAACUCAAAAAUUGUUGGAACGUGGCCAGAUCGAAGAAUCAACUUCUUCAUGGUCAUCUCCCGUCGUUCUCGUCAAGAAAAAAGAUAAAACAACUCGUUUCUGUAUUGACUAUCGCCGUCUCAAUGCUAUAACAAUCAAAGAUGCCUUUCCUUUACCUCGAAUAUAUAAAAUAUUUGACCAACUGUCCGAAGCCGUCAUCUUCACAAAAUUUGAUUUCAAAAGCGGAUACUUUCAAAUUCCCCUAGCAAAAGAAGAUCGUCCUAAAACAGCAUUCUCUACAAGGGACAAUCAUUAUCAGUUCACUGUCUUGCCGCAAGGAGUCACUAAUGGACUGGCGACAUUUCAACGUGUUAUCAAUCAUAUUCUGGGUCCAACUCGUUGGCGAUACGCAUUGGCUUAUAUAGACGAUAUCAUCAUUUAUUCUCGAACAUUCGAAGAUCACUUAUCUCAUCUGAAAGAAAUUUGUCAACUCGUAAAAGAAGCAAACUUUCGUCUCAAUUCGGAAAAAUGUGAGGUGGCUCGUACACAGACCGAUUAUCUUGGCCACCAGAUUAAACAAGGUGAUAUUCGACCGAGUCCUGUCAAUAUUCGAGGCCUAUUACAUACAGAGCUUCCGACCGCUGAAGAUCAAGAUUUAAUAGCUGAAUAUGAUUACAUUGUUCAACAUAUUAAAGGAAUCAAUAAUGCCAUGCCUGAUUAUCUUUCAAGAUCAUCAGUUGACGAUGCUGAAGAAGAUCUGGAUGAAAAUAUUUUUGUAUGUUCAAAAUCGACUCAAACAGACGUGGAAUCAUUAACAGCAAUAUUAGUACCUGUAUCAGAGGGAACACCAUAUUAUUCCAUUUACCCUCGAUCGAUUGCGAGAAGCACAACACCAGGAUGA